CUCUCUCUACACAUAAAAUCCAAAACCCAUCAGAAAAAAAGGGAAGAAAAAACGCAGAAAAAAAUAAUGGCAGAGGAAGCAAAAGUUCCUUUGUUGGAAGAAUUAUUAGCUUCUUCAACUGUUGUACUAAAAGAAAAACCAGAUCAUGAGCAUGAAAACGAAGAUCAUGGUAUUCUUGUACGUAAGGUGUGGAUAGAAUCAAAGAAGCUGUGGCACAUAGUUGGUCCUGCAAUUUUUAGCCGCAUUGUCUCCUACUCCAUGUUCGUCAUCACACAAGCCUUCGCCGGCCAUCUCAGUGAUCAUGAAUUCGCUGCGAUCUCCAUUGCUUUCAAUGUCAUUGCCGCCUUCUCUUUUGGUCUCAUGUUGGGAAUGGCAAGUGCUUUAGAGACGCUAUGUGGGCAAGCUUUUGGGGCAAAGAAGUACUACAUGAUGGGUGUAUACAUGCAGCGUUCGUGGGUUGUUCUGUUCCUUUGCGGUAUUCUGGUUUUGCCUCUGUAUCUCUUUGCCUCGCCAUUUCUAAAGCUUCUGGGACAGCCUCAUGAUGUGGCAGACAUAUCAGGUGUAGCAGCAAUUUGUCUGAUACCAUUGCAUUUCAGCUUUGCUUUUGAGUUCCCAUUGCUGACAUUCUUGCAGAGCCAGCUUAAAACUUUAGUGAUUGCUUGGGUAUCCCUGGCAUCUUUGGCAGUUCAUUUAUUUGUCAGCUGGUUGUUUGUGUAUAAGCUUCAGCUUGGAGUUGUUGGUACUGCGAUUACUAUGAAUUUCUCUUGGUGGGUUUUGGUGAUUGGGCAUCUGGGUUACACUGUGUUUGGUGGGUGUCCCUUGACUUGGGCUGGUUUCUCCACUAAAGCAUUUUCUGGUCUCUGGGAGUUUGUCAAACUCUCGGCUUCUUCAGGUGUCAUGCUCUGCUUGGAAAACUGGUACUACACAAUACUGAUAUUGAUGGCUGGAAGUCUAAACAAUGCAGAGAUCGCUGUGGAUGCUUUGUCCAUUUGCAUGACCAUAAAUACAUGGGAGAUGAUGCUUCCUCUUUCGUUUUUUGCUGGUACCGGAGUGAGGGUGGCAAAUGAGCUUGGUGCAGGGAAUGGAAGAGCAGCCAAGUUUGCCACAGUAGUAUCAGUGACCACAUCCAUAAUUAUUGGUAUCUUCUUCUGGUCUUUGAUAAUAAUGUUCCACAGAGAGAUUGCCCUAAUAUUUACUUCAAGUAAGCCUGUCCUGCAAGAAGUAAGCAGACUCUCUGUCCUCUUGGCGCUCACAAUUCUACUAAACAGUGUUCAACCUAUUCUAUCUGGAGUGGCUGUGGGAUCUGGAUGGCAAUCUUAUGUUGCAUACAUAAACUUGGGUUGUUAUUAUCUAAUUGGAAUGCCACUUGGAUAUUUUUUGGGAUGGGUCUUCAAACUAGGACUCAUGGGAAUUUGGGCUGGCAUGAUUGGUGGGACAGCAAUUCAAACCUUGAUAUUGAUCAUUAUCACCAUUCGAUGUGAUUGGGAAAAAGAGGCUGAAAAUGCAAGUUUACACUUACUGAAGUGGGAAAACGCAAAGCAAGGACAUUGAUUUGUAUACACAGAGAACUUAACCAACUUAUCAAACAUUUGUUGUUUAAAUAUAUUAUGGCCGUUUCUAGCAU